CGCGCAGCUCGCGCUGUGAUGGGACUACAAACCCGUUAGUGCCCUCCGCUUCCUCCUCUUCCAUCAUGGCUCCCUCGAUAGACAGGCAAGGAUACUGGGGGCGGCCGACCUCAACGCUGGACUGGUGCGAGGAGAAUUAUGUCGUCUCUUCCUACAUCGCGGAGUUCUGGAACACGGUCAGCAACCUGAUAAUGAUUCUUCCUCCCAUAUACGGAGCCGUCCAGACGUUCCGGGACGGCCUGGAGUUUCGUUAUAUCUGCUCGUUUCUUGGUCUUUCAGCUGUAGGCGUCGGCUCCUGGUGCUUCCACAUGACGCUGCUGUAUGAGAUGCAGCUGCUGGACGAGUUGCCAAUGAUUUACAGUACAUGUGUGUUUGUGUACUGUCUAUACGAGUGCUUCAAGCAAGAGAACAGCAUCAGUGUGUUUCCUAUCGUGUUGUUGAUAAUCUUCAGCGUCUCGGUCACGUUGGUGUACCUGCAGUGGAAGGAGCCAGUGUUUCACCAGGUCAUGUAUGGUGCCCUGGUAGCUUGCCUGGUGAUGCGUUCGGUCUUCAUUGUUACAUGGGUGUACCCGUGGCUCAGGGGCCUGUGUUACACCUCUUUAGGGAUCUUUAUGUUGGGCUUCCUGCUGUGGAACAUCGACAACAUUUUCUGUGACUCGUUAAGAACCAGUAGACAAGUGCUGCCCCCUGGUGUUGGAGUGGUGACACAGUUCCAUGCCUGGUGGCACAUUUUCACAGGUCUCGGCUCCUACCUGCACAUUCUCCUCAGCUUGCAGAUCAGAUCCACCUACCUCAAGUAUAGACCAAAAGUUAAGUUUCUGUGUGGCGUCUGGCCCACUUUGCACAUUGAACCACAGAAGACGAGCUGAAGUGAGAAGACGAGGAGCAGCUUAAGGACGGUGACUGCCGAACCGGGCACUACUGGCAGAAACCCGCCUGUGUCUCCUGGCUACUGCUGGGAACUUGGCCCACAGGCAAGCAGCUGGUGUACCACAAGGCGCCAACUUAGGGACCAUUUGGUUCUGAGCUGUGGAAAAUGACUAAGUGAAGUAUAGCACUGAAUUAUUUCAAGAAACUGAAGAUUCUUUCCAUUGAUUAUAAUUUAUUAGAGUAGUAUGUUUAAGUUAUUUUUAAGUGGGUAGUUUCUUUUUUUUCUUUUCUAUUUUUUUUUUCCCAAACAGCCAUUUUCAGUGACUGAAUGAUGCAGCCCACUUCAGUGGCAAUUACAGAAGGAAUUAUAAAAGUUUAAUUGUAAAAAUAGUGGAGCAGCUGUAAUUAAUUCAGUCUUUGCUUAUGACCAAUCGGGUAAAUAAUAAAAUAUGAGCCAAAAUAUA